AUGGGGUGGGCGGCCAAUUAUCCCGACCUGGCAGAGGACUAUGUCCCUGGGCAGCCAACCGAUUUUUGCACGUUUCCCCAAACCUCUGGACCCGACGUUUUACCAUCUCCCCCUACCAAGACUACAUGUAAUCCACACCAGCUACAACUAAGCCAACUUAGUCCCGGUGAUGCCAAUCUUGCUGCAUGGUUUAGCGCCGUACCUGCUCCGAGUCAGAACACAAGCCAAUGGGGGCCUGUUGUGAUCGACAGCCCGAAUAAUCCCGACCCAAAUCCCCGGGCACAUCUUCGUUCCAGCAAUUGUUCUCAGCCUGCUGUCGCUUUGCACCCCUUUUCCCCACUCAGUCAUCUGCCGCCCCAGGGACAGCCGAACACGCAGAACACGCAGGACACUAGCGUGAUCGGGCAGCGACAAAAGACUCGGCAACGCCGCCGAACCACAGAUUCGCAAAACACGGCCUCAGGCCUCUUUCAAUGCAAGUGGGAAGGCUGCCGCUAUCACGGCGCCUUCGGCCGCGAAUACGGGAAAAAGAAUGUCUAUUUGCAAGUCAACUCACAGGCAAAAAACGAUGCUCUUGCAGCUUUCAGCAAGAGAAAUGGAACCCAUGCAAACUUGGCUUCCGGCUCCAUCAAUGAUAACACCCCCGUUGAGUCGCAGGAGGAAGCUGCGCGGAAGUUCUGGGAGGAUAUGCGACAGUAUAUCACUAUAGCAAACAUCUGCCGCUUCUAG